GAGCUGCAACUGGUUAGAUCGCAAUGAAGUUCACAACGGGACUUGAGCUUGGGGAGAGUCUGCUGAGCCGCAGAAACCGUCAUCAGUUCUUGGCCACGUUUAUAGUGAACAUAUCGACUUUUGCUCAUGGCAUAGGCAUCGGUUGGCUCUCGCCUGUGAUGAGAGCCUUGCAGACUCCCGAUUCACCUCUCAGCUUCGUGGUGCUGGUGGAGGAGGUAUCCUGGAUAGGCUCUCUGUUGGGCAUUGGUAGCGUCGUUGGCAACUUGUUAGCAGGACUACUACAGGAUCGUAUAGGGCGAAAGCCUGUUAUACUUGCUCUAACGGCACCGUAUGUAUGUUUCUGGCUGUUGUCGUACUUCGCUCAGAGCGUGGAGUAUUUGUAUCUCGCUCGUCUUUUGGCCGGCGUCACGGGUGGAGCCGGUUAUAUAGUUCUCCCCAUAUUCAUUAGCGAAAUAUCAGAUGCCAAGAUUCGCGGCCGCCUUUCCUCUAUGGUCAUGCUCUCUGUUAACAUGGGCAUUCUAACGGGCUAUAUCUUAUCUACAAAUGUUGACUACUAUAUGGCCCCCUUUUUCGUCCUACCCCUGCCCGUUUGCUAUUUCAUUAGCAAUCUAUUUCUCCCUGAAACGCCAUUUCAUUUGAUCAACAAGGGCAAGUUUGGAGCUGCGGAAAGGUCAUUUCGAUACUAUAAAAAUAUCACGGAUGACGACAAAAGCUCCAUGCUGGAGUUCGAGGAAAUCAAACUUAAACUUACCAAGGGGAGGACGUUGAGAGUGAACGCCCUCAAUUACAAGGACUUCCUGACACGACCUGCCUUGAAAGCCUAUUCUAUGGCUAUUUUGCUGAUAUUCACGAAUCAAUUCACGGGCACCUUCUGCUUUGCUUCGUACAUGUCGGAUGUUUUUACCCUCUCACACACCACCUUGGACAUAGGCAUGUGCACUAUCAUCAUCGGAGUUAUCCAGAUCGUGGGCACCUAUACAACGACUUUAUUAUGCGAUCGAUUUGGCCGCAAGAUAUUGCUAUUGAUCUCCAGUCUGGGCUGUGGCAUUUGUCUGGCAGGCUUUGGCUCCUUCACUUACUUCGCAGAGCGCUACGAUCUCUCCUCUGUUGGCUGGAUGCCUCUUCUCCUGUUAUCCUUGGAUGUGUUCCUUUGUAAUAUUGGUUUGGUGGGAGUUCUGUUCGUGGUGUUGGUCGAACUAAUGCCAGCCAAGAUUCGCUCGGUGGCUGUUUCUGGAUGCAUCAUCUUGUUGAGCAGCACGGUUUUUCUGUCGCUGAAGAUCUUUCCCCUCUGCAUGGAAUAUUUGGGCAUAUCGAUCACCAUGUGGGGCUGUAGCCUUGUUGCAUUUGUUGGCUUUAUACUUUUUCUGUGCUUUCUCAAAGAGACUAAAGGGAAAUCAAUGCUGGAUCAUUUAAACCUGAUAUGCAUUGCACAUGGCAUUGGCGUCGGCUGGCUGUCGCCCACAUUACGUAAGAUACAGUCCGUUGAUUCGCCCCUCGACUUCUCGCUGAGUAUCUCGGAAAUCUCCUGGGUGGGCUCCGCCCUGGGCCUAGGCGCCGUGGUGGGAAACAUCCUGAUGGGACUGGUUCAUUCUCGGCUUGGCAGUCGCCUCAGCCUGCUCUUCAUAGCCUUCCCACACUCGUGCCUGUGGAUCCUUGUUUACUUUGCUAAGAGCGCGGAGUAUCUGUUCAUUGGACGCUUCCUGGCUGGCAUUACCAGUGGUAGCCUAUACGUUGUCCACCCUAUAUUCCUAAGCGAAAUAUCGGACUCUAAAAAUCGCUAUCAAUUUCUGUCCACGCUGUUCAUAAACCUGAUAUGCAUUGCACAUGGCAUUGGCGUCGGCUGGCUGUCGCCCACAUUACGUAAGAUACAGUCCGUUGAUUCGCCCCUCGACUUCUCGCUGAGUAUCUCGGAAAUCUCCUGGGUGGGCUCCGCCCUGGGCCUAGGCGCCGUGGUGGGAAACAUCCUGAUGGGACUGGUUCAUUCUCGGCUUGGCAGUCGCCUCAGCCUGCUCUUCAUAGCCUUCCCACACUCGUGCCUGUGGAUCCUUGUUUACUUUGCUAAGAGCGCGGAGUAUCUGUUCAUUGGACGCUUCCUGGCUGGCAUUACCAGUGGUAGCCUAUACGUUGUCCACCCUAUAUUCCUAAGCGAAAUAUCGGACUCUAAAAUUCGAGGGACUUUCGGGUCUAUGGUUUUCCUCUCUGUAAACGUUGGAGUACUUCUGGGCUACAUACUGGGAACCCAUCUGGCCUAUCACAUAAUUCCGUUCGUAGUGCUCAUAUUACCCAUUAGUUACUUCAUUUCGAAUCUCUUCUUCAUACGCGAGUCUCCGAUGCAUCUGAUUCGCAAGGGCAAGUACUCAGAGGCUGAGCAAUCCUUCAGAUACUAUAAGAACAUUAGAGAAGACAACCAGAUAAGCGAAAUGCAAGAAUUCGAUGCUAUGAAGGAGGCACUGACACUGAGCGACAAGAACUUGAAUAGGGUCACCAUCAAGGACUUCUUAACACGACCUGCCUUGAAAGCUUAUGGUUCGGCUGCUGUGCUGAGUUUUGUGAGUCAAUGCAGUGGUCUUCUGGCCAUGAUCAGCUAUAUGGCGGACAUAUUUGCUCUGUCGGGCAGCACUAUGGACCCAGAUACCUGCACCAUUGUCAUAGGGAUUAUUCAGAUUUUGGGCACGUAUACGACAACGCUGCUCUGCGACAUCUGGGGUCGUAGAAUCCUGUUGAUCGUCUCCUCAGCCGGCGUGGCUGUCAGUCUGACCUCCUUUGGUCUAUUCAGCUACUACGCACAGUCUUACGACUUAAGUCAAUGGAGCUGGGCUCCACUGCUCUUCAUGUCCCUGAAUAUCUAUCUAGGCAACAUCGGACUCAUGGGCUGCUACUUUGUCGUGAUUGUCGAGAUAUUUCCAUUCAAGAUACGCACCAAAGCAACAUCGGCUGCACUUGUCGUCUGCGGUAUCUUCUUUUUUGUCAGCCUCAAAGUUUUUCCCGUUUGUAUGGAUCAAUGGGGUAUACCGCUGACGAUGUGGUCCUGUGCGGCCAUCUCUGCACUUGGUCUGAUCUGGAAAAUGUUUGCAAAACUAUUGCAAAGCUCAACUUGUGUGCUGAAUCGCAGAAAUCGCUAUCAAUUUCUGUCCACGCUGUUCAUAAACCUGAUAUGCAUUGCACAUGGCAUUGGCGUCGGCUGGCUGUCGCCCACAUUACGUAAGAUACAGUCCGUUGAUUCGCCCCUCGACUUCUCGCUGAGCAUCUCGGAAAUCUCCUGGGUGGGCUCCGCCCUGGGCCUAGGCGCCGUGGUGGGAAACAUCCUGAUGGGACUGGUUCAUUCUCGGSUUGGCAGUCGCCUCAGCCUGCUCUUCAUAGCCUUCCCACACUCGUGCCUGUGGAUCCUUGUCUACUUUGCUAAGAGCGCGGAGUAUCUGUUCAUCGGACGCUUCCUGGCUGGCAUCUCUAGUGGUAGCAUGUACAUCGUACAUCCGAUAUUCCUCAGUGAAAUCUCUGAUGCCAAAAUUCGAGGGACUUUCGGGUCUAUGGUAAUGCUCUCUGUAAACGUUGGAGUACUCGUGGGCUAUAUACUGGGAACCCAUCUGGCCUAUCACAUAAUUCCGUUCAUAGUGCUCAUUUUACCUAUUAGCUACUUCAUUUCGAAUCUCGUCUUCAUACGCGAGUCUCCGAUGCAUCUGAUUCGUAAGGGCAGGUACUUGGAGGCUGAGCAAUCCUUCAGAUACUAUAAGAACAUUAGAGAAGACAACCAGAUAAGCGAAAUGCACGAAUUCGAGGCUAUGAAGGAGGCAUUGACACAGAGCGAUAAAAACUUGGAUAGGGUCACCAUCAAGGACUUCCUAACUCGACCUGCCAUCAGAGCUUAUGCCUCAGCCAUUGUGCUAGUUAUUGUGAAUCAAUUUAGUGGACUUUUUGCGAUGAUCAACUAUAUGUCGGACAUAUUUGCCCUGUCGGGCAGCACUAUGGAUCCGGAUACUUGUACCAUUGUGAUUGGCAUAGUUCAGAUAUUGGGCUCAUACACAACAACGCUGCUCUGCGACAUCUGGGGUCGUAGAAUCCUGCUGAUCAUCUCCUCAGCCGGCGUGGCUGUCAGUCUGACCUCGUUUGGCCUAUUCAGCCACUACGCACAGUGGUACGAUCUGAGUGAAUGGAGCUGGGUGCCACUGCUGUUCAUGUCCUCGUACAUCUUUCUGGGAAAUGUUGGACUCAUUGGCUGCUUCUUUGUCGCACUUGUUGAGAUGUUUCCGCUGAAGAUACGCUCUAAAGCAGCGUCGACUGCAAUCGUUGUUUGCAGCAUGUUCGUGUUUUUGGCACUCAGCAUUUUACCUAUAUGCUUGGAUCAAUGGGGUAUAUCGGUGACGAUGUGGUCUUGUGCGGGCAUCACAGCAUUUGGUUUUGUUUACUUUGUUAUGUUCCUGAAGGAAACUAAGGGGAAGUCUAUGCUCGAGGAUUAAGGCGGAAGCUACGUCAAAACCA